AUGCUAUUGGCUAAGAAUCCUGAUCUACAAGCUUAUACUAAAGGAAGAGAUGUCCUUCGUUUCGAAAAGGAUGUCGGUCCUGCAAUAGCAUUGGCAUGCAAUUAUGAUGAUACCUACAAUAUGGCAAGAACAGCUGAAUUUGUAAGAGCACACAUGGAGCACAAGUCAAAAUUUAAUGGCAGAUUUGCAGCGGAAGAUGCACUGACUAGUGUUCCUAAAUGUCUACUUGAACUAGUCAGAAUGAUUGAACAUGGUCCUGAUAUACAGUCACAACUAGAGAAUGAUGUGUAUAGAUCAGAUACUGCCAUUGCACAGCUCCUUAUGUAUAACUACUAUCCAAAGGGGCCCAAGAAGGCUGAACAACAGUGA